AUGGUCGCUAGAGACAGUAUCCAACAUACAGCUUGGACCCUCCGAUUCAAACAUGGGAAACACACAAUCCUCCUUUGCGCCGAGCCGCUUACUCCCCUCUCGCAAAUAAAAACCGAUCUCCUGGAAGCCCUCCGAGAAGUCUAUCCCAAUGGCCUUCCUCGAAGCGACUCCCCUGCACCAGAAAAGAUCCCUGAAUCAAUUCAAGAUGUCGCUCUCGGCGCACUCGUCGAUGCCUACGACCCCAGCAGAGGUUGGACAGAGCUUGACAACACCCCGGGUGGUGGCAACAAAGAAAGCCCGAAGAGUCUAGGUUUGAAGGAUGGAGGUAUGGUCGCAUUCACUUUUGUGAAUAGUGACGAUGUAGAGACACCAGAAUUCCAUGUAGAAUUCUGCAAUGUGGAGGAAUUAUAUCCGGAGGAGGAGUGA